UAGUUAUUAUCAUUGAUCAUUCUCUUUUUCAGAUUUCGCAGGAUAAUUCAGACUUGACAACUCAUAUCUCAAGCUUCAUCUCUCUACUGCUGGGUAUGGCUUCUGCUGCUGCUUCUUCUUCUUCUUCUCAAACGCGCUAUGAUGUGUUCCUCAGCUUCAGAGGAGAAGACACCCGCAAUAACUUCACUGCCCAUCUCUAUCACGCCUUGUGCCAGAAAGGAAUCAACACUUUCAUCGAUGAUGACAAGCUCGAGAGAGGCCAAGUCAUAUCUCCUGCCCUGGUUGCAGCUAUCGAAAACUCCAUGUUUUCAAUAGUUGUUUUGUCGAAAAAUUAUGCAUUCUCUAGAUGGUGUUUACAGGAAUUGGUGAAGAUAGUAGAGUGCAUGAAAAGCAGGAGACAGAGGGUUGUCCCAAUUUUCUACAAUGUGGAUCCCUCGGAUGUGAGAAGACAGAGGGGCAUAUUUGGAGAAGCAUUGGCUAAACAUGAAGAGAACUCCGAGAACAUGGAGAGGGUGCAGAGUUGGAAGGAUGCUCUCACUCAAGUUGCAAAUUUAUCCGGUUGGGAUUCAAGAAAUAAGAAUGAGCCUCUACUCAUCAAGGAAAUCGUUACAGAUAUUUUGAAUAAAUUGUUAAAUACAUCUAUUAGUGAUACUGAAAAUCUGGUUGGAAUAGAUGCUCGCAUGCAAGAAAUAGAAAUGCGAUUAUGUUUGGGGUCUGAUGAUUUUCUGAUGGUAGGAAUUUGGGGCAUGGGCGAAAUAGGGAAAACAACCCUUGCUAGAGCUAUUUAUAGAAAAAUCACUUGUCAAUUUGAAGCAUGUUGUUUUUUUGAAAAUGUUGGGGAGGAUUUGGCAAAGGAGGGUUUAAUAGGAUUGUAACAAAAGUUUCUUGCUCAACUAUUGGAGGAACCAAAUCUAAAUAUGAAGGCACUCACAUCUAUAAAGGGAAGGCUCCACUCAAAAAAGGUUCUUAUUGUUCUUGAUAAUAUGAAUGAUCCAAUAAUAUUGAAAUGCUUGGUUGGAAACUAUGAUUGGUUUGGUCGAGGAAGUAGAAUUAUUAUAACCACUAGGGAUAAGCAUUUGUUAACUUCACAUGGAGUACUCAAUUAUUAUGAGGCUCGGAGAUUUAAUUAUGACGAAGCUUCUGAGUUCCUUACACCCUAUUCAUUAAAACAUAAAUUCCUUGUGAUGAUUUCAUGGAGGUUUCAAAAGAAGUAAUUGGUUAUGCUCAAGGCCUCCCAUUGGCUCUAGAAGUUUUAGGUUCCUUUUUAUUUAGCAUGACCAAAGAAGAAUGAAGAAAUCAAUUAGACAAACUGAAAA